ACCUCAACAAAUAAUAACAACUUUUUAUCACUGAAUUCGCGUCCAUCUUUGUUUCUUAAAAUAGAAAAAGCUUCCUCUCUUCCCACCGCAACGCUGCCAGCGAUCUCCAUGGUCAAGCAAAUAAAAUCUGUGGGUGUCUUAGAUAGGAUCAGUAACUUACCUGAUCAUAUCCUUUGUGACGUUUUAUCAUUCCUUCCCGGAAAAGAUGCAGCCCGAACCUCUGUUCUUUCACACAGGUGGAGGUAUCUUUUUGUUUCAUCAUUAUCUACCCUUGAUUUUACUCGUUUCUUAGCGCCUCGAGAAAAUGAUGAAAAUUUCCUGGAAUUUGUGGAUAGAUUCUUUUCUAACCCCAAUCGGGUAAGUUUAGAAUGCUUUAGGGUGAAUGACUUUUGGGUGGAUUGUCACAUUCCUUUGGGGAAGAGUGAAAUUAGAUGGGGGAUUAACCCUCCAUGGCGUGAUGAUUAUGUACGCCUUGAUGGUUGGAUAUGUGCUGCAUUGCGGCGUGGGGUUAAGGAAUUUGGUAUACACUCCAUAAAUCAAAAUUUUCUCACCUUGCCCACUCUUCUGUUUACUUGCCAGUCGCUGGUGACACUGAAAUUGAGUAUCACGGGUGCCCAUCAUGUUCCAUCUAAUGCUUGUUUACCCAAUCUCAGGACUCUUCAUUUUGCAUACUUUGUAUUUCGAGAUGGUCCUUCAGUUCUAAAGUUAAUUUCCAGUUGCCCUUUGUUAGAAGAUUUGGCUUUUGUUAGAUGUCGGUUUCAUGAGAGAAAUGAACUCAAUAUCAGUAGUCUUUCUCUUAAGAGAUUGGUUCUAGAUUUUGAAAAGAUUGUGGCUCGUGACAGAGGUUUCGAUCUUGUUGCGGUUAAUGCUCCAAACCUUGUUUAUUUCAAAUAUGUCGACAACGACGACAUGGCUGAAGGUUGUACUUUAAGUGACAUGAAAUCUCUAGAGAAAGCUGAUGUUAAAAUCACUCUACUUGGCAGCGAGGGUCGUGGGCAUGCAAGAAAUCUUCUUCGGAGAAUUUGUAAUAUACAGUCUCUGUAUUUAGCCAUUGAAGAUUUGGUUGUUAUCAAUCAAGUCAAUGUGUUCGAAACGCAACUUGAAUCAGUGUUUGCGUUUCACAACCUUGUUGAAUUUGAAUUUGUGAAUUAUUCAGAUUGGCAAGCGGCUUGGAUUGUGGAGUUUCUACAUUGCAUGCCUAAUCUAAUGAAGCUUGUCCUGGAUCUGAGAACUGCAGAAGAAGGUUUCGGGUCACUGCCUAAUGCAUUGCCUGCAUGCUUGCUAUUUCACCUCAAGGAGAUUGAAACAGGGUACAUCAAGGAAGACGAAGGUCUGUUUGAACUGAUUAGUUAUUUUCUGAAACAUGCAUUAGUUCUAGAGAAGCUCGUAAUUAGAAUUUAUGCCUCCUGUGACGAAGAUCGAUUACAUGCCAUUGAAAAACUAUCGAGUUUACCAAAGGGAUCGAAGAAAUGUGAUGUCAUGUUUCUCGAUUGAUUUUAGAAAUGCUUUGCUGUCAUAACACUUUUUGUUGGGAUGUAAAUAGCAAAUACUAUGUGAUGUUACUGUUAUUAUUUUAAGUUUAGGGUUUGCUUGUCAUUGAUAUUCACUCUUGAUAUGUACUUAUCAAGAUGGGAUGAGCUUGCACCAGCAAGUACUUGUGUUAUUCAUGCUAUACAUGCAGAAAAAGAACAAG